CAUCAUUUUUCAGUAAUGUCUUUAUCAAACAAACUCUCCAUUCGUGACCUCGAUCUUAAGGAUAAGCGUGUCCUCAUUCGUGUUGACUUCAAUGUCCCUAUGAAGGAUGGUGCCAUCACCAACAAUAACCGUAUUGUUCAAGCUCUUCCUACUGUUCAAUAUGCUCUUGAUAAUGGUGCAUCUGCUGUCAUCUUGAUGUCUCACCUCGGUCGCCCUAACGGUGAAGUUGUUGAAAAGUACUCUCUCAAGCCUGUUGCUACCGAAGUAGAAAAACUCUUGAAGAAGCCUGUUCAAUUCCUCAGCGACUGUGUUGGCCCCGAAGUUGAAAAGGCCUGUCAAUCUGCCACUGGUGGUAAGGUCAUUCUCUUGGAAAAUCUUCGUUUCCAUAUCGAAGAAGAAGGUUCUGCCAAGAAGGAUGGUCAAAAGGUCAAGGCCGAUCCUGAAGCUGUCCAAAAGUUCCGUGCUUCUUUGACUUCUCUUGCUGAUGUUUAUGUUAAUGAUGCCUUCGGUACUGCUCAUCGUGCUCACUCUUCUAUGGUCGGUGUUGACCUUCCUCAGCGCGCUGCUGGUUUCCUUAUGCAAAAGGAACUUGAAUACUUUGCCAAGGCUCUUGAGAACCCCUCUCGUCCUUUCCUUGCCAUUCUCGGUGGUGCCAAGGUCUCUGAUAAGAUUCAAUUAAUCGAAAACAUGCUUGAUAAGGUAAACGCUUUGAUUAUCUGUGGUGGUAUGGCUUUCACUUUCAAAAAGACUCUCAACAACGUCAAGAUCGGUACCUCACUUUUCGAUGAAGCUGGUUCCAAGUUGGUCGAUAACCUCGUCAAGAAGGCUGCUGAAAAGAAUGUCAAGCUCGUCUUCCCUGUCGACUUUAUCACUGCUGAUAAAUUUGAUGCUAAUGCCAAGACAGGCUAUGCUACCGAUGCUGACGGUAUUCCUGAUGACUGGAUGGGUCUUGACUGUGGUGAACAAUCUUCUAAAUUAUUCCGUGAGGAAAUCUUAAAGUCCAAGACUAUUGUCUGGAACGGUCCCUCUGGUGUAUUCGAAUUUGAUGCUUUUGCUAGCGGUACAAAAUCCGUCCUUGAAGCUGUUAUCGAAGCUACUAAGGAAGGCGCUACUACCAUCAUUGGUGGUGGUGAUACUGCCACUGCUGCUCUCAAGUGGGGUGCUGAAAAGAAGGUUUCUCACAUCUCUACAGGUGGUGGUGCCUCUCUUGAACUUCUUGAAGGCAAGGAACUCCCUGGUGUCACUGCUCUUUCCAGCAAGAACUGAAUCCGUAGCAACGAUAUCUCUAAUAAUAAGAAAGCAUUCACUUGUUUGUUGUAAAAGCAUAUUUGCAUAUACAUACUUCAUUCUUACAGAAAUAAAACAUCUGUAUUCAUGUACAAAAUAACGCCAUUGACUAUCCAGAUUUAUAUUCUAUCUUGGAGAAAGAACCCUAAAAGGUUAUAGUGAUCUUAUACGUUAAAGUGAUAGCAGUAAUCUAAAACAUGAUAUGAAAGUCAAUUUUGCCUACUUACAGCAUAUCAAAUCGAACCUGUUCUACCGUCAAUGUUUCCUCAAAUGGCUACUAAAACUGCUCCAUUGCCGUUCAAUACCGUAUUUCAGGUACAUACUAUCUUUUGUCCCUUGGAUUAAAAUGAAAAAGAUAUAAUCAUUUAUUAAUAAGAUAAAAUCCUAUAUCAUGACAAUUAAACAAAUGAACAAACAAUAAUAACCUUACCUAGUUACUUUGGAAUUAUAAAA